AUGGAAGCCCUCUUUGUCAAAGCCAGCGGGCGCAACCUCUAUCGCCGCGCGACGGUGCCCGAGUUCCAGUCCCACUUCAACGAUGCCGACGGCGGGAAGGACCAGCCCGCUCACUGGUAUGAAGCGCAACUCGUGCACUAUGGCCUGCCGCCUUCCCGAGUUAAGGGGACCGCCAAGAUGCGGCUCUAUGACUCCGUCAAGAAGGGCGGCCUGGCCGUCCCCACCAAUCUACGGUCCAUGGAAGCCGACCUGAAGAAACAGUGGAAGAAGCAGGAUCGAGCCCCCGCUACGCCCCUCGCGCCCCCAACCUGCGGCAGACAAGAAGAAAGAGAAGCCGGAAGCGCCGAAGACGACGGCAGCCAGCACUUCCAAGGCUCGGCCGAAGCCUUCUCAAGGCAGAGCCAGCUCUGCUGCACGCCCCGACCCCAACAACCCAUCGCGAGCACAAUCCGCGACAGACAAGAAACGAAAGAUACCCGAAUCCGCGGCGGUAACAACGGCGAGUCCCGCUAA